ACAUCCAGGUCCAGGAACCAUGGUUUGCGCCCUCGCAACCAUAUGACUCCCAACCAUAUGCCAUACAGUCCACGGUUAACGCAGUGAAUCCAGUUCUGCGUUAAGUAUAGUCAAAUGUCCAACAACGAAGGAUAUAAAAUCACGGCGUUUGCCUCGUUCUUGCAGCGUUUUCUGUCACCAAACAUACUCUCGAAGUAUAGAAUAUAUACAUACCGUCUAACAAACACGAGGCCUAUACCCAAAAGAAAGACCUGCUAGUCUGCAACAAGCCCUUCUAAGGCUCACUACCAAAAAAGACAACUCACACACUCCAACCUUCGCGAUGCCGAUCCCAGCUAUCCGACUGGACGGCUCUUUCCGGCAAACACGCCCUCGCCGCCAAACAAGUCCUCCGCAUCAAACAAGUCCCCCCCAGCAGGCAGCCCAAGUACCACAAACCCAGCAAAACACCACCACCAACAACACCAACACCAGCCGAGCACAAGCGGAAGCGCGCGCACGCGUGUACAUGGAGCACACAAGAGCCGUGUACGAAACACUGACCAGCUACCGACGAGCGCAAACCGAGUUCCUGGACCGCGAGCACACGCCCGACGAGCUGCGGGCCGCGCUCGCGCUCUCAUGGCGCGGCCUCCACGCUCUCAUGGCGCGGCAUUCCGCGCAGUACAACAAUGCGGUGCGCGCGCAGGAGCUGGAGAUGCGCGCGCAAGAGCGGGCGCAAGAGCUGGAAGCGCAAACUCAAGAGCCGAGAGCGCAAGAGCCGCGGACGCGAGUGCCUCGGAGACACAUGUCAAGGCUGGUCAGGCGGCGACACCAAAGGCUGCUCGAGCAGCUGCUGCGCGUGCGCGAUCUGAUGGCGGUUGGACAGAUUCGCGAGGCGCGGAUGCUCUUGUUUGGCGAGGAAGAGGAGGAGGAAGACGACGAUGAUGACGAAGAUGAUGAUGAUGACUAUGAUGAAGAAGAAGAAGAAGGAGAAAGCUGGGCCGUUGAUCUGCAGGACUACUUGGACAGCGACGACGACGACUACGACAGCGAAGACGACUACGCCAGCGACUCAGACGCCGACGAUGUCCAGAGGCUUAUGCCCAGACUAGAUGACGGAAGACACUUUAUGUUUGCAGUUGCGCAGGUUCCGAGGAACUGGAGGGGCGAAGACGGUGCGGGUGAGGGUGAGGGUGAGAGUGAGGCCGAGCGGCCUUGGCAGGCGAGGGCUUGGUGUGCGAGCUGGGAGUUUAGGUGAUAUGUAGCGGUUUCGGGGUUCGGUUUUCGUGGUCGUUGGUGCUUGGAACGUUGGCUGCUUGGAUUAGGUGUGGUGCAACUUCCUUGUCUCUUAUAGAGAGAUCAUCUGCCUACGCGGUUUGGCGCUUGGGAUUUUUGUGACAUCGCGGGUUGUUUGGACUGCUGCCGGUAGUGCCGUUUCUUCUUUUUAG